AUGCGCUUCUUUGCUGCGAAGGCACUUGCAGGUGCCAUCCUGGUGGAUGUGACGUCAAACACUGCCAUCAUGAUCAACACCAGGAAGUCUAUCGUAGCUCUAGUUUGGUCGACGCGCAUCACGAAGGUGCUGUCAACAAAAGGAGUUCCUGCCAUUUCGACCAACCCACCUGUCAACAGCCGGGUACAAGAACAUCUGGGCGUGUCGAUCCAAAGCGACGAAGGCACAAAUUGGAAUAUUGGGACGAAGAGUUUCAAUGACCUGGUGAUGUCCAGUAUCCAUUCGCAUACGAAGCGCGCUCCAGAACUAGGACCAAGCGCUGGCAAAUCUGUGAUCUCAGAAGAGCGUGGCCGCCAUGUGCAAAUCUUUUUAAACCGAGCCGACUAUCAAGAUGCAGAGAAGAUCGCUCUGGACGAACAAGCCGCCAGUAUCUUGGAUUUCGAUAUCCUACAACAACUGCGCCGAGUUCGGUCAAAGUUCAAGCAGUUUUCGGCAUACAUACCAUCUCGUGCAAGCAGCUCUCUAUGUGACUUCCAUAGAUUAGAGCCACAGACCGUAUUUACCUACAGUAGCUUUGAGAAUGGCGCGCCGGAUGGUGAUGGAAGACGGGCUCCUCGUCUGUUUGCUCAUGUUGCUCACGAGGUGAUC